AUGGUCGGUUUUGGCACUUCGCCAAGUUUCCUGACCGCGACGGCGGUGGCCGCACUUUGCCUCACCGGCGUCAACGCGCUUACUCGGCGUCAGGGCAGGUCGGCUCGCGUCGCGGACACCGACUUCAGCACUCGAUGCGCCAACAUGGCGAGUGUCAAGAUGCCCGACAUGACCAUCAACGUGACGGAGUACCACCGCGCUAACGAUCCAUUCAGCCCAGCUGGCCGUGAGUUAACCUCUUGACUGUUGACCGGCCGGCAGGAUUUUCAUGCGUGUUUCGCACACCCUUGGCCUGCACUGCCUUUGCACAAUACCUCGGCUGACACUCCGAGCUCGUCGCUUCGGCCCUUUCUACCGCCUCCCGCCCCUACAAUGACCCCGUAGCCGGGUCCGCUGCUUUCUGCCGAUUCGGUGCCGAGAUCAAGACCUCGUCCCAGUCCAAGGUACGUCGCGUAUUCACAUGCUCGCGAACACCACCCCCCGGACGCUGGCUUACUUCUCUGGCACUCGCGAACUUUUGCAGAUCCACUUCGAAGUCUGGAUGCCCGAUAAAUGGUCCGGACGAUUCGCCAUGGUCGGAAACGGAGGUGACGCCGGUAGUGUCAACUACCCCGACAUGGGCGUCCCCUUGACCAAGUGUCAGUCUCCUCUUCCGUCCACAAACUUCUGGGCUCCAUGAGCUCAGCACUGACAGACCCUCUCUUCGGUAUCCUUCCCUGUAAUCGCCUACAGACAAGUUCGCCGUCGCCUCCACCAAUACCGGUCACAACGGCUCGCCCUUCGACGGUACCUUUGCUAUCUCGAACCCUCAGAGCCAGAUCGACUUCGGCCACCGAGCCGUACACCUGACGGCGACCUACUCCAAGAGUCUCAUCAGAACCUACUACGGUGGGGGCGGAGCCAACCACAGCUACUGGAUUGGUGAAUUGCUCUGGAUAAAAGACUUUGGGCCCCCUGUUUCAGCUGCUGACGGUCCUUCGAAUGUAAUAACCGCUCCGAACCGCUCAGGUUGCUCCUCCGGUGGCAGGCAGGGGCUCAAGGAGAUCCAGCUCAACGCCGACACCUUUGACGGUGUCCUUGCCGGUGCCGCAGCUCAAUGGUGGUCACGUGAGUCCAAAGGCUCCGUUUCAGUCACGAUGCUCAAGUACUGAUCUACAAAGGCAACUCUUGAUCUGUUUGUGACUUUCAGAUUACAAGUGCGUCUUUUUUCCCACGCAUGGAAACCUCCAUGAGGAGACAAACACCUCUGACUCAUCUACUUCCUACAGCGGUGAUGUGUUCCGAAAUAAUGCAUUCGUCAACAAGGUCGGAUCGCCAGGCUUCCUGACGGCGGCCAAUUACAAGACGAUAGGUAUCGAAGUGCUCGAACAGUGUGACGUCCUCGGACAGGACAAGCUCAAGGAUGGCAUCAUCACGGACCCCGUAAGCUAUCUCGCAUCUUCUUGUCUCCGCAAGAGCAAACCGCUUAGCUAUUUCCUCUACUUUUGUAUUAUAACAGACCAAGUGCUCGCCGAAGCUCGAGGGCUUGCUGUGUUCGGCCAAAGGCGCGAACAAGGCGACCUGCUUGUCCCAAGCCCAGAUCAAGACCAUGUACACGAUCUGGGCCGACUGGAUAAGCUCAACCGGCCUUGCGACCGGACCAGGCGGAACAAACUACUUCCCUGGUGUCCUACCGGGAGCCGUGGGCCCCCCCGGCGUCCCCUAUGGCCCUUCACCCGAUUAUUUCACGUGAGCCUGACCUUACCCUUGUCGUUGUACUUCCACACUCUCUAAUCGGAUCUGGUGCCUCCGACCAUGACCCAGCUACCAAGUCUUGAACAAGACGAGCCCGCAACCCCUCACUGUCAACUCGGAAGCCGAGCUCGAGAAGCUCCUCAAGAUCGCUGACGACACGGACCCCGGACAGACGAACGCCAUCGACCCUGACAUCAGUAAAUUCCUCAGUGGUGGCAAGCUCAUGACCUACGUCGGUCUCUCCGAUAACGUCAUCCCGGCGCGCUCGUCGCUCUUGUACCAUGAUCGCGUCAAGGCCAAGCUCGGCAACGUCGACGACUCGUUCCGUCUUUUCGCUAUCCCGGGCAUGUUGCACUGCGGGGGCGGCAACAGUGCGUUCAACCUCGGUCAGGCCAGCCAAUCUGACAUCUCCCUUGGGGGGGGGCUUCAGAGCGCGACCUUCACCGCCAAGGACGAUAUGAUCCUUGCGCUCAUCGCAUGGGUCGAGAAAAACCAGGCCCCCGAUUCACUCGUCGGUGUCAACUACGUCAACGGCGACAAGCGACAGGGUGUGGCCUUUGAGCGCCUCGUUUGCUCCUGGCCCAAAAUGGGCUACCACAUGGCCGGUGACCCCAACAAGGCAUCAUCUUUCAGCUGCAAGUGA